UGCUGCCCAUUUCCAAGUACCAAAAGCCCAUAGGAAAGGAGUGCAUUACUGCAGUUCCUCUGAGCCCAAAGAAAAGCUCACUCCAUUCUCAAUAAUUCCGCCAAACAAAGUUCAAACAGCUUCGACGAAUCUCCAACAAAAUUGGAAGAAGAGCACAAUGCAGCAAACUCUUUACUUCAAAACACAUCAGUCCUCCAGUGGGUUUCAUCUUUCGUACCCAAUCGCUAUAAUGCCUACAUCUCUUUACAAUACCGCCAUUUUUGCACCAAAAUUAUUUUUCAUUCGCUCUGCGGUUUUGGCUUCCCAUCCAACACAGAUACAGAACCCAAUUAUCUGUGCAAGAAAGACCGACAAGCUAGUUAUAUAUGCGAGAAAAAAUAAAAGGAGAAAUGGAUCUCAAAUGUCAAAGAAGUUACUGUUUGGUUUGAUAACAAUCAUGGCCUCAAAAACCAAGAUCUUACCACAGCCCUUAGAUUUGGUUGUUGGGGAAAUCGGCCAUGUAGAUGGGAAUCGAGUGGCCGUGUGGUUCUGGAAGUUGUUUGGAGGAGGAGGCUUUGACGGACGGAGAAGGAAUAACAAGAGAAAAUCAAUGCUCCUUGUGUUCUUUGUGAUUUGCGGUUUGGCUUUCUUGUUAGUGAAAGAGUUGGAGCGCAAUGUGCUUUGUGGCUUUUCGGUUUUGGGGCUACUUGGGGUUCUUUCGAUUCAGUGGUUGGGAAAGAGAAAAACCAAAGAUUGGGUUUUGGGGUUUUGUCUUGGGGGAGCUUUGGUUGGCUUGGGGUUAAGGAGGGGGGAGAUGCAAAAAUGGGUUGAACGGCUCAGGGUUUGUUGCCCAAUAAUGGAGGUUGGAAGAAGACGGGGAAGAAAGUAAAUAUGAAUUUGAAAAGAUUUAGAUCUCGAUUAUUUUUUCUUUUCUCUAGUGUCAUUGUUCAAUUUCUUUUUUUCUUCAUGUCAAUGAAAAGAUUAUUCUUUUAAUUCUUCAUGAAUUUUUUCCUUGAA